GGAGCAAGGGCCAGAGAGGAGAGGAUACAAAGAUAAAACAGGGAGAGAAAGGAAGGCCAAACAACUACAAUCUGUGGAAAGUGGAGAGGAUGAAGGGGGCCUUAGAUGAAUACAGGGAGGGAGUGAAGACAGGAAUUCCAGUGAGUGUGCACCUCUUGUCACGUGCAUGGGGUGUGCCGCGUUCCACGCUGCAAAGACGCAUUAGUGGAAAGGUGACGGGCAGCAAACACGUGUCAGGGCGGAAGCCCUACCUUCCACAGGAGGCGGAAAGGGAGCUUGCUGCCACCCUAAAGACCUUGGCGCAGAGGGGUUUUCCAUUCACCAAACGCGAUGUCCAGCAGGUAGCCUUUGAUUUCGCAGCUAAGAACCAGAUAUCUGGUUUUUCCUAGACAGCAGGGAGGGCUGGAUACUACUGGUUCCACAAUUUUUUGAAGCGCAACCCAGAGCUUGGGAUGCGAAAACCAGAGGUCCUAUCUGCAGCACGGGCUGCUGGACUUAACAAAGUGGUGGUCAACCAGUGGUUUACCCAAUAUGAGAGUCUUCUGGUCGAGCUGGGUAUUGCGGGCACACCAUCACAUAUCUGGAACUGUGACGAGUCUGGCCUUCAGGACCAGUUCAGUUCCACAAAGGUCGUUGGGCAGGUUGGCCAGCCAUGUGUGGAGGUGUGUGCCGGAGAGAAGGGGGAGACAACAACUUGUCUGGCAGCAUUCAAUGCAGAAGGCAUAUACAGCCGAACCAUGAUUAUUUUUAAGGGGAAGCGUGUUCGUUCUGAGUGGCUACAGGGGUGCCCGGAGAACACCAGCGUAAGGUGUUCAGACAAUGGCUGGAUUACCUCUGACCUCUUUCUGGAGUGGGGUCAAAUGUUCAUUCAGUCCCUCCCUAAGGAUGACCCCAGGCCCCACCUUCUCCUCCUUGACGGCCACAGUAGCCAUGUCUAUAACAUGGAGUUUAUUAAGCUACUGAAGAGCAAGAAUGUGCACAUAAUGUGCUACCCUGCCCACACAACCCAUGCGCUGCAACCGGCAGACAAGGCCCUCUUUAAGAGUUUGAAGCACCACUGGGACCAGGAAGGCAGGAAGUGGACGAGGAUGAUGGCGGGGCAGAAGCUGUCAAGGAUGGAAUUUUUUACGGUGUUCAGCAGGGCUUGGGCAAAGGCUGCCACUGUUGAAAAUGCCCAGGCAGGGUUCCGGGGGACAGGGAUGUUCCCACUCAAUAAAGACAUCCUCCCUGAGACUGCUUUUGCCCCCAGCAAGACCACCGAAAGAGUGCUACCAUCCACUCUACCAUCCUCACCCACAAGGCCGCAGUCUCUCCCAACCCCACCCACUGGACCAUGGUCGCCCCUGCUGACCUUGACCCACUCUGCCCGCCAGCCAUCAGCUCUGCUCUCUGGACAUCAGUCCUCCCAUCCACCAGCCAGACCUCAGUCGCCUGCCGAUCCGCCAGCCAGACUUCAGUCCUCUGCUUCCCUGACACCCCUGCUACCUGUGGAACCACUGUACUUUUUUCCAGAUGAGAAGGUGGUGUUUGAAGAGGUUGUGUUGGAGGAAGUACCGGAGGAAGAUAAUGAUAUCUUCAACCAGUUCACACCACAGGAAGAAACACACUCCCCGGAUGAGGGACCUUCCACCUCCACAUCUGUGACAUUCACUGACUUGAUCACAGUGCCACAAAGGGAGAGAGCCAUCAGAAAACGUAUGAAGCCACCCUCAUAUAAUCUUUCAAGUGAGGAACACAUUGACUAUAUCACAAAAAAAACAUCCAGCAAGAAACCAGCUAAGCAAGCCAGCAAGUGCCCGCUCAGCAAGCAACCAAAAGGGAAAAGAAAGCAGGAAAAGAAAAGCAAGUCACCUUGCAAAGUUUGCAACACCCACUAUGGUGACCCAGAGGAUCCUAAGGCUACUGAGGAAUGGGUAAAAUGUGACCCUUGUUCUGCCUGGUUUCACGAAACCUGUGGCGAAGAGAAUGGGAUCUGUGCUGACGAUGGGUUCAUUUGCAAAGACUGUCUUUGAAACACCUUUUCAUCACAUACACACACUAAUGAUAUCAAUGUUUUAAUGUUUAAUAUAUCAGUUACCAGUUUUGUAUGAAUUUUUGUAGUUUGCGCAUUUCGUUCAAAAUGUGUUCACACACACACACACACACUGAUCUGUCACUGAUCUAUUCACUGAUCUGUGCUGUUCCAAAAAAUUUUAAUUGCACAUUUGAAUAUGUGAGUUUGUACCCACAAUGUGUUUUUAAUGGCACAUAUGAAUAUUUGUUUUGAAAUUAAAAUUGAUGAUAAAUUACCAUUCCCUUUGCAUUUUGACUGGCCGAAUGCUUACCUGAAACAGCUGGCCCGUUUUACCUUAGAUGCUGGCCCAUUUUACCUGAAACUGCUUAUGCAAAAAAAGUUGGCACAGUUGAUGUUUCAAGAACUGUAGGGCCUAAAUAAUUAUAUUUUAUGACAUAAUUUCAACACAAAAUGAUCAAAAACAGUCAUUAGUAAUCAUAAAAACACUUGGAAAAGGCAUAUAUAGUAUUAUAUUAUUUUCCCAACUGAUUUACCAAAAAGUGGCCCAAUUUAGCUGAUAU